UAUGCUUUCCGUGUUCAUUCAUUGAAAUGUAGCAGCACGUAACAAUACGUAAGAAACGCUAGAGAGAAAAAUCACUUACUAGGUAUAUGUAUGAAGAAAGAAAAUGAAACUACAGUUUAUGAUGUGGACGUUUCAUUAUAUUUUAGGAUGACAGCGUCCUAGCUAGUAUCUUAUCUCAAAAGCGAGAUAUUUAGCUAGCUAACGCUAGCUGGCUAGCGAAUGUCGUUUACGCGCUACAUUUGAACAGACAACACUAAGAACAAGGUAGCCAGUUCUGCAACUGUAAUUACAAAUAGCUAGGUCUGAUCUAGCUUCUAUUUUUCAAGUUUAAUUUGGCCUUUGGAUAGUCAGUGAAUUCUAGCCAGCUACUAGCUAGCUAAUCUUUUUAGUUUUGGUGUAAGUUUGAGGUACAUGAUAACAUGAUUCGGAGGAAGCUAACGGCAAAGGUUUAUAAGGAACCAGCUACAGAAGAUGAACUGUCAGGCAGUGCACCAAGCGAGGACGAGCCUGAGGAAUGGCUGCCAGAACCGAAGAAGCAAAAAGGAAGCGUCAAGGGAAAGGAUGGAGCAGUUGAGAAGAAACCGGCUACUAAACGAGUAGCCAAGCCCAAAGAGGCUAAACCGAAAACCGCAAGAAAGCCUAGAGCGCCAAGGGCCCUAAAGGUAAAGGAGGUUGGAAAUGAGGGGAAAGAAGACGACAAAAACGAUGCCCUCUUUCAUCAGGGCGAAUCAGUGCAACCUCUGAGAGUUAAGGAGGAGAGGCAGUCCAUUAGCAUGGACAAGGCAUUUAGUGACAGUAUGGCCACGACAGGGCCUACACUGGCUGAGGAGCAGUCAUCUAGUAAACAGCUCUUUAAGGUUAAAAAGGAAGAGCCAGAGGAUGACUUCACCUUUGAUGAACCAGUGCAGAAAAAGCAGAAGACCACAAGUGCACCUCAAGGCAGACCGAUCAAGCUGAAGUCUGGGAAUUCUUUAGGGGAAGAACUGCAGAUGAACUGGGAUCCAGUUCAGGUUUUAGCUGAGAAGACAGGUGUGGAGCAGUGGGUUUGUGGGAACGUUGCUCAGCUCCUGCAGGAGGAGAACACUAUCCCAUUCAUAGUGCGCUACAGGAAAGAGCUGAUCAAUCACAUGGAUGCGGAUGCCGUGAGAGAUGUGCAGCUGGCCCUCGAGGAGCUUUGCUCCGUGGCAAAGAAGACUCAGUCCAUAAUCCAAACACUGAAGAAGGAGGGGGUUCUGACCUCGGAGCUGGAGCAGGCUCUGAAGAACUGCAGAAGCGCUGAUGAGCAGGACCAUGUGUAUGCGCCCUACAAGAAGGGCAGUAAGUUGUCGAAGGCCCGCCGUGCAAAGCAGCUAGGUCUGGAGCCCGCAGCCGUGGGGCUGCUGCAGUCACCCGGAACGCUGGAGCUGCACUCCUGGAUAAAGCCCAACACUGAUGGGCUGUCCACUAUUGAGGAGAUAGCCACAGGAGUGGAGCAGAUCCUGGCUGACAUGGUUGCUAAAGAUCGCGAGACCCUGAACUACAUCCGAUCAGUGUGCGACAGGAGUGACGUGACGAUCCAGUCGGCAUUGUCUAAAACGGCUAUCAAAGAGCAGCAGCAGCAGCAGCAGCAGCCACACGCUAGCAAUCCUAAAGACAUCUCGAAGUUCAGCCUGUACCACGACUUCACCUGCAGCGUGCAGCGGAUCCAGCACCACCAGACACUGGCCAUUAACCGAGGGGAGAAUCUGAAGAUUCUGACAGUCAAGGUGAACAUCCCCGACUGGGUGAAGACCGACUUCUGUAGGUGGUGCGUCAACGUCAGGUGGAGGCCAAAGGGUUUUGCGCAACAGACGCUAAUGAAGGUUUUAAGGGCCGCUGUGGAAGACUCCUAUAAAAGACUCCUAACGCCACUGCUCAGCCGAGCAUACAGGUCUGGACUCGAGCUUUUCGCAGAGAAGGAGUCUGUCUCCAUGUUCGUGCGGAACCUGCGGCAGCUACUUCUGUGCCCUGUGCGUGGCCGCGCCAUCAUGGGAGUGGACCCCGGAUACCGGCACGGAUGCAAACUAGCAAUCCUGUCUCCCAUCAGUCAGAUCCUACACACAGAUGUAGUAUACUUGCAUGGAUCGAACAGGAACAGAGAAGCUGACAAAUUGCGCCACCUCAUGCUUCAAUAUAGCUGCCAGACCAUUGUCAUAGGAAAUGGAACUGCAUGCCGGGAGACAGAGGCCUUCUUCGCUGACCUCAUUAAAUGCGGUUUCUUCAAGCCUUUAGAAGUUUCCUACUGCAUCACCAGUGAAGCAGGCGCUUCCAUCUACAGUGUCAGUCCAGAGGCAGUGAAAGAAAUGCCAGACCUGGACCCGAACCUGCGGAGCGCAGUGUCGAUUGGAAGGCGUGUGCAGGACCCUCUGGCUGAGCUGGUGAAGAUAGACCCUAAACAUAUUGGGAUUGGUACUUACCAGCACGACGUGUCGCAAAGUUUGCUGAGAGCAGCGUUGGAUGGCGUGGUGCAGGAGUGUGUGAGCUUCGUGGGAAGGUGGACAUCAAACAUCUGCUCCGAGACGCUGAUGAGGCACGUGGCUGGACUGAACGCUGCCCGGGCGCGUGGCAUAGUGCAGUGGAGGGAGAACGGGCCCUUUCUCAACCGAGAGCAGCUGAAGCUGGUCAAAGGUCUUGGCCCCAAGAGCUUCCAGCAGUGUGCCGGCUUCGUGCGGAUCAACCCGGAGAGCGUGCGCAGCCAUGGCUCAGGUGGCGACCCAGACUCUGCACCUGCUAAGACACCAGCAGCCAAGAAGAGCAAAUCUAAAAGCUCUGCUGGCGUCUCUAACCAGCCUAACCCUCUGGACCAAACGUGCAUCCACCCAGAGUCCUACAGCGUGGCCAUGAGGUUCCUGUCCCAGAUCGGUGGUGGCUCGGAGGAGCUGGGCAGUGCUCAGCUCCGGCAGCGGGUUGAGUGCUGCGUUGGGAACCGUGGCCUGGAGCCUUUGGCGCAGUCUCUCAACACAUGCCCCGAGACACUGCAGCUUAUCGUGGAUGGCCUCACCCAGCCGCCUGGUUUUGACAUCCGUCAGGACUUUGAGAAAGCGGACUUCAAGCAAGGGAUCGUGUCCAUGAGUGACCUCCAUACGGGGACCGUUCUAACAGGGCGUGUGGAGAACACAGCUUUGUUCGGGGCGUUCGUGGACAUUGGAGUGGGCCGAUCAGGCCUCAUCCCGAAGCGCUACAUCACCCCGGAUAAACUGCCUGCUGACCAGAGGUGCAGGAAUCUAGCACUAGGACCAGGGGAACGGGUCGAAGUCCGGGUUUUAGACGUGGAUAUUCAGCGAAGCCGCAUCACCUUGGACCUCAUCAGGGUUCUCAGAUAAGGGUCCUCGGAUCGCACAAAAAUCUCUGAAAACUGCAUAGCGGCGAGAAAAGGUUGCCAUUCUGCUCUUAAAUGUUGAGAUUUGGGAAUCUGAACCACAGAUUCCUAAUCUGAACCACAUUCCUAAUCUCUUUAAAAUAACCGCACAAUAUGGACCAAGAAGUUCCAGUACACAAGUGCACAAUUAGUUUGCUUAGCUCAGAAGAGCACUUUAGUUAAUGUUGUGUUUGGGUUCUAUUCACAUUUUGAGGUUGUGGGAUAACUAAUGAUGCUGUAAACAGAUGCCAAAAAACAUUGUAAAUAAAGUAUAAUUCCUUAGAGUUUUCUUUUCAUGUGCGUUUGUAUGUUUGACUAAGUAUACAUUGUUUUUUGAUUGUAUGUUGAACUCACAUAUUGCUGAGGAAAUUGCUGAGUAGUAAGAAUAAUUGGCUUCAGUAUUUAGAAAUGGUGAUGUAUAAGGUAUGUCAGAUUUUUGAAGGUCAUUACAAUUUGUCAGACAUGAAUAUUUACCAUUUUUUGCAGUGAAAUGGCCCUUCCACAAUAAACACAUUUUUUUACAGA